UUCAGAUUUUUCUCUGUCAAACUGCAACUUUUCACACUCAUUUCAGAUUGAACUCAUUUUGUUUCUAGAGAUUUUCUGAGAUUAAUCUAAAGAUUUUAGAUUUUUUUUUGUUGAAAGAAAAGACUUGAAACUUUCGGAGUUUGAAAAGUCGGAAAUUGGAGAUUUCUGAAUUUAAAAGGCAAACAUUUCAAACUCAAAAAAUUACAAUUUAAAUUUGAAAAUUCAAGUUUUCAACUUUUUUUUUCUUUUUUUUUUUUUAAAGUCAGAUAUCUUGUGACAUAAAUUUCCUCCUCGUCUUUGUUCCCAUCUACAGUUGCUCUACUCCUCAGUCCUGUAGAAACCAACCCGUUCUGGGUUUAUUAUCUGAUAAAGCUGAUAUUAUUUGGUUCCUCAGCGGUCGGCAGCUCCGAGCCGCACCGAGGCUCCUCCCCGCUGCAGCCGCUGAAUGUAAAGCAGCUCCGGCAGAAGAAAGGCAUUGCUGAACGACUGGCUCCGGUAUCCGUGGUUCCGCUCCGGACUUUGAACGUUCAUCUGAGUCAGUCUUUAAAAUGUCAGCUGCCGGGCAGGAAGCCAGCAGGUGAAGAGUAGCGGUCAGAGAGAGGAAGAGGAACAGUUCCUCCUCUUUUUCUUCUUCUUCUUCUUCUUCUUCUUCUUCUUCUUCUUCUUCCACUUGUUGCUGAGUGAAGGCUCGUAUUUCCACAAGCAGAAAGUCUCACUUUCACUUCAUGGCUCAGUUUUCCGCCCUUCCCAUCGCUCCCAUCGCGCUGCUGCUGUUCGGACUGGUCGGCAUCCUGCUGCUCACCAUUCCGUCCCAGGACGUCCAGGACGCGCCGGGGUUCAUGUAUGGGAUUGUCCUGGAUGCUGGUUCUUCCCACACUUCUUUGUAUAUCUACAAGUGGCCUGCAGAUAAACAAAAUGGUACCGGCGUGGUCAGCCAGCACAGCGAAUGCUCUGUGGAAGGUGGGGGGAUUUCUAGCUACGCUGGCCAAGUCGGAGAGGCGGGCCGAAGCUUGCGGGCGUGUCUGAACCGGGCCGUUGAAGAGAUCCCCAAAGAGAAACACCCAAACACACCUGUGUACCUGGGAGCCACGGCCGGCAUGAGGCUGUUGAAGAUGUCCAGUCCACAGCAGUCGGAUCAGGUUCUGGCCGACGUGGGCAGCGAGAUCCAGUCGUUUCCUUUCAACUUCAGAGGAGCAGUGAUCCUGAGCGGACAGGAGGAGGGCGCCUACGGCUGGGUCACCGUCAACUACCUGCUGGGAAACUUCAUCAAGUACGGGUUUGUGGGGCGCUGGUUCAGCUCCGGCAGAGCGACGGUGGGAGCGCUGGACUUCGGCGGCGCGUCGACGCAGAUCACGUUUGUUACUCAGCAGAAGGUGGAGGACGAAACAAACAGGAAGGAGCUGCGUCUCUACGGCCAUGAUUACUCGCUGUACACUCACAGCUUCCUGUGCUACGGCCAGGAUCAGCUUUUAAAGAAACUGCUGGCCCAAAUCGUGAAGUCUCAGGGUUACGCUCCGGAGGUCAAUCAUCCCUGCUAUCCUGCAAACUUAACCAGGACACUGAAAAUGGAGGAUAUCUUCGACUCGCCGUGCACCGUGCACUACAAACCCAACACCUACAACCCUCAGAGGAGCUUGACGCUACGUGGCGGCGGACAUUACGAGAACUGCUUGGGCAAUGUGUCCGAACUCUUCUCGUAUGACGGCUGUCCCUUCUCGCGGUGUUCGUUUGACAAAGUCUUCCAACCGAAAGUCACCGGCGACUUCAUGGCGUUUUCUGCUUUUUACUUCAUUCACUCGUCCCUGCAGAAGGUCACAGGGGUCAAGGUCAGUACGCCCCUGCAGCUGGAGGACGCCACCAAGACGGUGUGCAGCAUGAACUACAGCCAGCUGCAGAUGAUGUCUGUGGCAGACAAACCUGAUCGUCUGAAGGAUUACUGCGCUUCCUCUGUGUUCAUCAAAGCUCUGUUGCUGAGAGGAUACGGCUUUGACGACGCGUCGUUCCCUGGCAUUUCCUUUCAGAAUACGGCGGGCGACACGUCGGUGGGCUGGGCUCUGGGCUACAUGCUGAUGCUGAGCAAUUUGCUGCCUGCAGAAAGCGCCGGGGUGAGGAAAGCUCUCACCGUAGGAGCGUGGGGAAUGCUCCUCUUUCUCUUCAUCGUCCUCCUCAUCAUCUGCGUCUUUCUGCUGCUUCGAGCGCGAAGCAAGAAGAAGAAAGGAGGCGAUGAAAACGCCAUCUAGAUACAACAUCAUGCCUCCAGAGCUGUAAAGAAAAGAAACGUGCAGGACUUUUAGUUUUUGUUUUUGUUUAUUGCUUCUUCCAGCGACUUCAGUGUAUAUCUGCAGGACUGGCAUUUAUUUGGACUGUUUGUGUUUUUAAUUAGAUUCAUAAUACAACAUAAUCUUUCAGUGACACCAGACGCCCAAUAAGUUUGAAUUUAAUGUGGCUGUUUGGUCUGGUUUGUAAAGCUACACUGUUAAAAAUGUCAAAAAACAGCAAUAAUUUGGGUUAUUUGGUUUGUCAUAAAUGAAAAAAAUGGGGGUUAAUUUUUUAACAUAUUUUCAACAUGUUAAUCAUGCAAUUAUAAAUAUUAGUUUAAAAUUAAAUAUGGAAUUAGAACAACAAGAAUAUUUGAUUUCAAACUAUGAACUUUUUUUUAGCAAACUAAACAUAAAUAUAAAAAAUAAAGUUCUAAAUUAAAUAUGUAGUUUGAAGCUAGAUAUAUAACCAGAAACUGUAUAUUUAAUUAUUAAGCUAAAUAUUUAGUUAUAAACUAAAUAUUUUAUUGGUUAAGUAAAUAUGUAGCUUUUAUGCUAAAAAUCUAGCCCUAAGCUAAAUAUUGAGCUUCAAACUAAAUAUUUAAUUAACAAGCUAAAUAUCUAAGCCAGUGGUUCCCAAAGAUUUCCUGGGCCUCCCUAUGGAUCACAAUAAAAUCUCCCCCAACCCCACAAAAAACAGAAAAAAGAAUCAACUGGACACACAUCGUUCAACCAGACAUAAACCUUUACAUUUUGUUUUCAAAGUUUAUUUCACACUUCAGGUUGCAACAAAAACUACAAACCAUCUUUACAGUGAAACACUUUUGUGUACCUUUUUAUUUUUUCAUUCAUCUGCUCCCCGCCCCCCUGCAAUGACGCUACGUCACCCCUAGGGGGCGCAGUGUCAUUGCAGUUCCCACACUGUGGGAUCUACUGAUGCAAGUCAACAUGCUACUGUUUAAGCACAUCCCACUGCUAGUGUCAACAUGCUAUUCCCCCUUCUUGCUAGCGAUAGUUGUUAUGCUAACAUUAGUUUUUACCUAAAAUAAACAUUUUAGAUUAUUCCUCUGGUUUACAUUGUUCCUCCAGUGUAUUGCCAGAAUCUUCCUCUGAAAGAGCGCCUUCUCCUGCCAACACCUGCCUGCUCUAUGUUGAAUUUUUGUUGAAUAAAAAUGUUGUUUGUGA